GGCGCUUCCGGAAGGUUACUUCCUCCCUUGUCUCCUAGCAACGGCUGGAAGCGUUGUCGACAUCCCAGGAGACUGUGGCCGCUAACUGAGCCCAGGCUUUCGCCCCCGGCGCGAUGGCAGAGGUGGAGGAAACCCUAAAGAGAAUCCAGAGCCAUAAAGGGGUUAUUGGCACUAUGGUUGUAAAUGCGGAAGGUAUUCCGAUCCGAACAACCUUGGACAACUCGACAACAGUUCAAUAUGCAGGUCUUCUUCAUCAGCUGACAAUGAAGACCAAGAGCACUGUCCGUGAUAUUGAUCCUCAGAACGACCUCACUUUUCUUAGGAUCAGAUCAAAGAAACAUGAAAUCAUGGUAGCUCCAGAUAAGGAGUAUCUUCUGAUUGUUAUUCAGAAUCCGUGUGAAUAGACCUUUUCUGGCCAAGACAUCCUAGUGACACUGGGUUGGAAACACUUUGCUCUUUAAUAAUUAUUAAAAUUGCAUGCCAAUCUAACUGAUCUUUGGAUAUCCUUCUCUAUUUUUGCGUUUAAGCUCUUUUGUGUGUCUCAUUUAGUCCCUUUUGAUUGUGUGGUGAAGUUGUGCUUUAGCUGUGUAAUAAGCACAUUCUGAUAUGUGUGUCUCUAUUUUUUAAAUAUAAAACUAAAGGAUUUUAUAAAAAAAAA